AUGACGACAAGCAACCUUCCCGCAACUCAGACAGCCAUUAUCCAGCACGAAAAUGGAGUCCUCAAAAUCACCCAUGGACUUCCGAUUCAAGACCUUGCCCCCCACCAGAUGUUGGUGAAAACCGCUGCAGUGGCUCUCAAUCCUUGCGAUUUCAAGAUGCCUUUGCGCUUUCCGACUGCCGGCCUCUGGGAUGGCUGUGAUUUUGCUGGAACCGUUGUCGCACUAGGGAGCGAGGCAGCUGCACAAGGACUGUUCCGUGUCGGGGACUUGGUAUUUGGUGCUGUUCAGGGAUCAAACCUCUCUGAUCCCAUGUCUGGGGCCUAUUGCGAGUACGUGCGGACGGAACCCAGUCUGGCGUUCCGAGUCCCCAAGGGAAUGGCUUUAGCCGAUGCUCCAUCCAUCUCGGGCACUGCCAUUGCCACCCUCGGCGUAGCACUCUUUUGGUCCCUGCAGUUGCCUGGGACCUUCGAAGGCCCAGCCGCCAAGGCGGAGGAUGUUCUCGUGUAUGGCGGAAGCAGCACUAUUGGACUUCUUGCGAUCCAGAUGGUUAAGCUAUGUGGCCAUCGCGUAAUCACCACAUGUUCACCUCACAAUUCGGACUUGGUGCGAUCAUACGGGGCAGAUCUGGUGUUCGACUACAACUCCCCCACGUGUGCAGAGGACAUCCGGGCAGCUACCAAGAACGUACUGCGAUUUGUCCUUGAUCCAUUCGCGGAGGCAAAGACAGUCCGACUAUGCCAUGCCGCGAUAGGCCGCACGGGGGGUAGAUACUGUGCUCUUGAGCAAUAUCAGGAGAGCCUCUGCACCCGGAAGACUGUCAAGCAUGAGUUGGUUAUGGGCGGAGCUAUAUCUGGACAAGGUGUUCAGCUCCCAGAGCCUUAUGGAAUUGCCCCUCGACCUGAAAUCGGGGUCUGGGCUCGUACUUGGUAUCGAAAGGUUCAAGAGCUCAUUGACGAAGGGAAGAUCAGGCCUUGCCCCAUGCAAGUUUUGACUGGCAGGUUUGAGGGCAUUCUGAAAGGACUCGAUUUGCUUCGAAAUGGGCAGGUUUCAGGUAAAAAGCUCGUCGUCCCUAUGGGUGAUUCCUAA